CUUCAUUCAAGUGUUACUGUGCUGUUCUCUGAGGUAAUCUGCAUCUCUUCAUAGCCCAACAGGACUGCAUGUUACCGCCAAUCAAUUUUGCUUUUUUUCUUGGAUAUAAAUGACUGAUUGCCAAAUGGUUUCCUCGGAUUUCACAGCAGACGAGAGGAUGGAGAUUGAAAGUAUUAAGACGCAUAAGAAAGAUCUUCUGGAUGAAAUUCAGAAGUUAAAGAUGGAGAUCGACCACGUCAUGGCGGAAAUACUCAGCUUUGAGUCUGCGGAGGAAAAUAAGACCAUCGAGAAGAGCAAACGGUUCUCAAGUGGGAAGAAGAAGUUCAACAUGGACCCCAAAAAGGGGAUCUCAUACCUGGUGGAGAACAAGCUGCUGGAAGGAAGUGCUCAAUCCAUUGCUGACUUCCUCUACAAAGAGGAGGGGCUGAACAAGACGGCCAUUGGAGAAUUCCUCGGAGAAAGAGAGGAGCUCCACCUGCAGACACUGAAGGCCUUUGUGGAGCUGCACGAGUUCUCCGAUCUCAACCUGGUCCAGGCUCUUAGACAGUUUCUGUGGAGUUUCCGUCUACCGGGUGAAGCUCAGAAGAUUGACCGCAUGAUGGAGGCCUUUGCUACUCGCUACUGUGAUUGCAACACCCACGUCUUCCAGUCCACAGACACGUGCUACAUCCUGUCAUUUGCCAUCAUCAUGCUCAACACCAGCCUGCACAACCCAAACGUGAAGGAUAAGACCACACUGGAGCGUUUUAUCUCCAUGAACAGAGGCAUAAACAACGGGGAGAAUCUACCUGAUGACCUGCUCUCGAAACUGUACGAGAGCAUUCACAACGAGCCCUUCAAAAUCCCAGAGGAUGAUGGGAAUGAUCUGACACACACCUUCUUCAACCCUGACAGGGAAGGCUGGCUCCUCAAACUUGGAGGUCGAGUAAAAACGUGGAAGAGGCGGUGGUUUAUCCUUACUGACAACUGCCUCUACUACUUUGAGUUCACCACUGAUAAAGAGCCCAGAGGAAUCAUUCCUCUAGAGAACCUGUGUGUGAGAGAAGUGCCGUAUCCUCGUAAACCGUACUGUCUGGAGCUGUACAACCCCAACAGUCGUGGGCAGAAGAUCAAAGCGUGCAAAACAGAGACAGACGGCAGAGUGGUGGAGGGGAAGCACCAGUCCUAUACCAUCUGUGCUGCCAGCGCAGAGGAGAGAGACUCCUGGAUUGAGGCCAUCAGGGCCAGCAUCACCAAGGAUCCUUUCUACGAUCUGGUCUCAGUGCGGAAGAAGAAGGUGAUAAACCAAGCCCCCCAGGACUGAGCUGCACGGCACACGCUGCCCCAUCAUGAACAUUUUAAAAGGGACUCUAUCUCCCUUUAGGUUGCACUUAACACCCUACUGUAUGGGGACGCUGGAGUCUAGACCCUGAUGGUGGACUUACAGUCUAAAAAGAGGACUUCUCUUUCCACUUCUCUUUUCACAGACUGAGCUUAAACGUGUCAAGGGUGACAAACAAUGACUCAUUUUUGUCGCUGUCAGCAUUUAAAGAUGAAAAAUGCAGUUAGCAGGAACUUCAUCUUCUUCAGCACGUGCAAGGAUGCAUCUUCUAUCUCUCUUUUUUAAGUUGCUGUGCAGUUUUAGUAGUGUCAAAUAUGCUCUGAUAUGAGACGUUUAUUUCAGGAUGUUGUCGUCUGCUUAACAGGGUUUAAUGUCCAAAAUGAGGAAGAGAAAUAAAUCAGUUGUCGCAGACAUUUCUCAGCUUCCCAACAGUUCUCACAAUGCUUAAAAAACAGGGUUAUAGAAGUCAAAUUACAGCAAACAGGUUUUCUUUUGCCAGGAGCUUUAUUUUGUAAAUAUUAGUGAAUAUUUUCAUGCAAUUUUGUGGUUAAAUUUUGUUUUAUUUUUGUAGAAUUUCUCGUACUUUAUAUGUUGACCUAGAACACUUGUUCUAAUAAGACCAAGCCUCUAUUUUUAUAUAUAGUGAUCUACAUUUUUGCACAAUACAGUAAGUACAAUAUGCAUGUAUCUGCUUUGAUUUAACUGCAUAAUAUACACUGUAAAGUUUAAGUAAUUUUCAUGUGAUGUAAUUAUUUAAUAAAAAGUAUUCAUGUUC